ACACCCCUACUUUUACUAUGGUUGCUUCCAAGUGAUUCAAACUGCAGCGGGAAGAAAAUGAAGGAUAAGUGGUGAAAAUUGCAGCGCCUUUUUGUGCUUUCAGAAACGAUUUUACAGACAACGGAUCGACUUCUCAAGAACUAUUAUAAUUUUCUGAUUGGAAGGACUACAUCAGAAACAACAUGGACCCGACGUCUUGUAUGAAGGGCCUUGUCAUGGCGGGCAGUCAGUUCAGAAACAACAGGAGUGAUGCCAACAUACUACAGCUACAGAGGCAGAUAGAGCUGAUGAUCAGCCUAACGAUGAAGGGUCGCUCUGUGAAGUUCUUCAACCCCCAGCAGAUCCUCCCCAUGGAGUGUCUGAGCUGUCUGUGUGAUGUCAUCGAGGACCAUCACACUCCUGCUGCACUGUCGCACAAGACUAUUGUAUUACUCAACAAUCUGGCCUCCUAUCCAGACAUCAGGGAUGCCAUGCACACAACCUUCAACUUCACCUCCUCACUCGCCAUCUUCCUGCAGUACCACACACAGUCUCCAGGGGAGCCACUGGUGCUACAGACCCUACAGUUGCUCCAAAAGCUGACCUACAAGUCCAAAGUCAGCUAUCCCAACAGUUACAUGGAGGAGCUCAUCAGAUUUCUCAUCUCACAUGUACUAGCCCACGAGUCGGACCUGACUGCCCUGUGCCUGGGUCUCCUCGCUAACCUGUGUAAAAACAACCUCUCCAUACAGGCACAUGUCAAGGCACUGGAAAAUGUGAAGUCAAUCUACCGUACCCUGAUAGCGUACGUGUCCCACAGUAACCAGAGUAUCGUGGUGUACUCCUUCUCCAUACUCAGUAAUCUGUGUCUUAAUGAAGAAAUUGGAGAGAAGGUGUUCAAUGCCAAGAACAUUUACCAGACGUUCCAGCUGAUCUUCAACAUCAUCGUGAACGGAGACAGCUCGCACGUCCGCGGGUUCACCUGCGACCUCUUCAUCGGGCUGCUCAAGAGCCCCAAAAUACAACAGUCUGUCGUCAUCUAUGAACAUUUUGAGGCAUGCCUGAUGCAGGUUCUACAUCUCAUCACCAUGGAUACAGAGUCUGCUACCAAGAUAUUUGAGCUGCUGCUAUCGUUCUGCUCGGUGAACGGUCUCCGCUGUACGGUGUGCCGCGCCCUCCUCAACACGCCCAGCCUGCAGGACCCAGACAGAUACCAGCCCCAGAUUCACCAGCGCCAGAUUACGGAGCCCUUCUUCGCACUGGUGCACUGGGCGGGACAGUCUGUGGAGACCCACGACCAGGCACCGCUGUUUGCACUGGAUCUGCUCAAGGAGAUUUUUGAGGAAGUGAUUGAUUCCGGCCUGUCCGCCCAGCUGUCCCCCCGUACUGACGUGGUUGUGCCCAUGGCUGUGGAACAGCUGACACCCCCCUGUGAUACAGAUGGUUCGGUCCUGAAACUCAAGUGUCUGAAGACAGUCAAAGCCUUGGAUGUUCUUCUUGUGCUAUGUAAUGAUGAAGCCAUGAAGCUGCAGGUAGCGGAGGCUGUGGAUACAAAGGUGUGCAGCACACUACUGGAGCAUCAGUACCAACACAACAGGCUGGGCAUGACUACUGGCCACUGUGGUAUCGAGGAGGACUGGAGUGAAGCUGGAGUAGACCUGGUUCUCCACACCCUGGAACUGAUGAGCAGGAUCAAGACUUACGUGGCUAACAUGGACAUGAUGUUCUACGAGACACUACAGGACCAGAGACUUGUUGCAUUCCUGGCCUUCUCCCUGACCAAUGACACGAGAGCGAGGGUACAGCUGGCCCUCCGACUCCUGAACCAGGCGCUACCUCUUCCUGAGUUCCCUGCCAUCAUGCUGGGAGACUCCAUUGCAGCUUACAAUGCCAAGCAAGCCACCGAGAGGAAAGUGUUAAACAUCGGCAGCACGGAGCCACCGGGAUCACCUGGUAAACUGCAUUCUGGAAAGGCAUCAGUCAACUACAACGGUACAGACGGGGGGAAGGCAAGGGGAAAGGGGUCCCCACAACGAGAGGGGAGUGUGGACACACUGAUCGACAGAAUGAACUCUGGUCUGGAGAUCAAGGAUGUCAAAGCCUCAGAGAUCAUGGACCUCUACGAACACAAGCUGGCUUCUCUUGCUACAAAAGAGAGCCACCUGCAGGACCUGUUGGAGGCUAAACAGCUGGCACUGGCUCAGGCCGACAGACUCAUCGCUCAGUACAAGUCCAGAAGGGCACAGUCAGAAGCUGAGGCCAGAAAACUGGCCUCCAUGCUGCAGGAGUCGGAGCGGCGGUCGGAGUCGUACCGCGACCAGAUUAACGAGCUGCGACUGGACAAGGAGAGACAGGCGGAGGACAUGGAACAGCUGGUCGGGCAGAACAGCAAACUCCAGGCCAUUGCUGAGGAGUAUGAACAGCUACAGGCCGCGUACACAGAACAGAUACAGAGGGUUGAGGCCUUGCAGAGGAGUGUGAAUGCUCACAUGGACGAGCAGAAGUCCCUCCGUGAGAUGAACGAGAUGCUGAGGAGACACAACGAGAGUCUCAAGAACCAGAUCGAAGACGAGAAAAAGAGACUCACCAAGCAGCUCAAGGACAAGGAGGUCAAACUAACAGAGGAGAAAGACAAAGUGCGCACUCUGGAACACGAGAAGGAAGACUUGGAAACCGCUGUCGAUAAGUACAGGAAUGAGCUGACCAAACUGGAACAAGUCAAGAAGGAGACUGUCAAAAAGUAUGAGGCAUCCAUUGCGGAGAAGGAUGCCCUGAUAAAAACCCAGAAGGCAGAGCUGGAUAAAAAUGCCCAGAUUGUUGCUAUGAUUCACAACAUCAGUGCAGGAGUCAAGUCCUGAGAGCGAUGCCAUACUCGUGAACCUAGAUGCAAGCGCAGUGUACAUUCCAGUAUUCCAUUAUAUGUGUCUGUGUGUGAGAUGAUGUGCCUUUCUAUAUGGAGUCCCAAGAUGUAUGGACACUAGGGGUGGGUACCGGUACAGAAAAUUUCAUUUCAUCUAUUUCAUUUAUUUGUUUACCCAGGAACAACAUAAAAUUCAG